GGGCGACAGAAGAUGUUUAGUUUUACGAAAUAAUAGGCUAUUGCGGGAAGCGUGGAUAAAUACACUAUUUGGAGAAUAAACUUUGAGUCAGAGCACCUUUUAACCCGGAGAUGCAAGCUAUGUUUCCUGGGUCACAAGCUCUUCGCAACAUUUCUGACGGGUGGAGGAUGCUGAUCGUACAGCGGCUUCGUGUUGCAGCGGUGGUAGUGGGUCCAAAGCCAGGUACUGUCUUGACCAAGCACCUUGGUUCUUCGCCAGCGACAGUGCAGGUAUUCAGUAGGAGUUCGUAUCAUUACGCCCCACGAGUGCCCUGUCCCAAGCACCUUCCACAUAGGUCACUCUCAUCUGACUGGAAGCCCGAUGGGAUUAUUGAGCCGUCUGUCGGAGCACGGAACUGCUGGAGCUGCUGCGCUUUUCUUCGGAGCGCAAUGUUCUUCUGUCCGACCUGUAACGCCUUACUGCCUCCCGAAGAAGAACGGAGCUACUUCGAAAUCUUGGACUGCGACUUUUCCUUUGAUGUAGACAUAUCGAGACUUCAACGCAAGUACAAAGACCUUCAGCGUUUUCUUCACCCCGACAACUUCGUCCAGAGAAAGACGAAAGAAAAACAGCUGUCAGAAAAACAGUCUGCUUUAGUUAACAAAGCAUAUAGGACUCUGCUUAAUCCCUUGACCAGGGGUUUGUACAUGCUAAAGCUCCGUGGUAUAGAUCCAGAAACAUCUGCAGAUUCCCAGAUAGACUCGCAUUUCCUUCAUGAUGUUAUGGAGAUUAAUGAAAAGAUAUCAGAAUUUCAGCAAGCUGAGGAGGCGGCUGACAUUAGAUGCUUCAUUAAAGCUGGAUUGGAGGAUUUGACUGCUGAAAUCAGCGAUUCAUUCCGGAAAGGAGACCUAAAGCAGGCCAGUUUGCUUUUGAUUAAAAUGAAAUAUUUUGUCAACAUUCAAGAGAAAUUGAAGGAAAUGUACUCAAGAAGCUAAUGAAGACUGGUGGGCGUAAAAUUCUUUGUUAGUGCUUGUGUGAAAUCUUUCCUUAUAUAUUUUUUUAAUUAAAUUAAAUAUUUAAUGAUAUUGAUAUUGUGUUUGGUAAUCUCUAUAACAAAUAUUUCUAACAUUUGGUUAUUAACUUGUAUUUAGCACUGUACCAGUGCAUGAGUUGGCUGUCUCGAAAAUGCAAGUUUUUUUUUUAAUUUAUUUUUUUAUUUUUUUAAAUGACAUGUUCCAGGAAAGAAUUUUAGGGUUGUUGACUGCAAAUUAACUGCAGCAUUUGUUUUAUAUUAAAAAUAA